AUGAUAAUAGUUGUUCGCAAGCGUUUUCAACAUGUUAGUCAUAUAACCAAAUUUUGUUUUGAUGAAAGUAUUAUUGAUGAAAUGUUUGGUCAUAUUAAAUAUAUACACGGUUGUCGUUGUUUAACAAAACGAAAAUUGUCCAUUAUGUUCAUAUUAAUAAUUGUCUUAUUAUUUAUUAUAAAUUAUAAUAAAUUGUUUUGUGUUAAAUAUGAAGAAGAAACAAAUAAAUAUUCAUCAUUAGUUUAUAUGUCUGCAGAAGAACGUAAUAUAAUUCGUUUAUAUUUAAAUAAAUCUCAUACAAUGCUCGAAUAUGGAAGUGGUUAUUCAACACUUUAUUUUUCUCAAUUUGUUAAUGCUUAUUAUUCAAUUGAACAUAAUGAACAAUGGUAUAAAACAAUAAAAAGUUUAAUUGAUCAUUCACCAAUAAUAUCUUCAAUUAUUAAAAAAUACAUUCUAAUACAUAUUAAUCCGGGUUAUAAAGGUUGGUUAGGUGGAUAUUCAGAAGGUAAUAAAAUACAAUUUCAUGGUUAUAUACACGCAGUACAUUCAUUAAAUGUCAUUAAAUUUGAUAGAGUUUUAAUUGAUGGACGUGCUCGUGUAGAUUGUGCAUUUGAAAUUUCUUCUUAUCUUGAUAAAAAUUCAAUAAUAUUCGUUCAUGAUUAUUCAAAUCGAGAUCAUUAUUUUAAUAUAUCAAAAAAAUAUUAUAAAAUUAUUUUACAAACUUAUGAAGGUCAAACUCUUGCUGCAUUUAAACUACGUUAA